AUGAUAUUAUUAUACUUUCACACGCGAGGUAACCGACGUAGAAGUUAGACUACCAUUGAGUGGCCUCAAAGUUACUGCAAUGGCGGCGAACGGCAAUAACCUGCGUAUUGACAAUAGAGCGUGCUAUAACUGUGGUCAGGCAGGACACAUCUCACGCUACUGCCCCCUUCCUGAUAGACGGACUAAUAUUAUUCCUUCUACUAGUACCGCGAUCGUACCGGCGCAACCGCUGUUGACUUUACCAUCCAGCAAUUUUGCGAUAGGCACUGUGGCUUCUGCUGCUACCUAUGAGGGACAGUACAACGGUCAGUACUCCGAUAAGGGAUGGUUACGAAACAGAAUGGCAAAUCUCGAGGACGUCGUAGGCAAGAUCAAGGAGAAGCACGAUGCAGAUGUAGCUAAAGAAUUGGCAGUCAAAAAAGAGGAAGAGCGUAAGAAGAAGGAAAAAGCGGAAGAAGAUCGGAGGCUCCGUGAGAAGCAGGAGAGGGAAGAUUGGCAGUUAAAAAUGAGGGAAGACUUGAACAGUCGAUGGGAAGCAGUUUGCGACAAGAUCGAUAAAAAGGAUAAGGAGAACAACGAGGUAACUAAGUUGCGUGAAGAAGUUGCAAGGCUAUCGAAGAUGAACGGCCAGGGCGAACCGUCCACAUCGGUGACGAAGCCGGUCAUGGAGAGUGAGUUGGUUGAACGUUUGAGACGAGAACAAGAAGAGUUGAGGACGGCAACUGAUCGUCGUUUCGCUCUGUUGGAAGAGAAGUUGGCAGCUCUUGGCAAAGCCAAGGAUGAAGCCAAGGCCAAUGCCAAGUUAUGGAAAGCGGAAGCCUUCCGUCCCGGCAACAAGCGGGGAAGCAUCGCCAUUGGAGCCACUCCAGGGUCUCAUGCCAGGGCACGGCGAUGUGUUACACCUGCAGUUGUGCCCACUGACCCGCGGGUGAAUCCCCAACUUCAAGGUAUCAUCGAGAGGCAUGCAAUGGAAGUCAACGUGUUAAAGGAGUUACGUUUGAGGGAUGCAAACGACAAGAUUGAAGCUUAGAAGGAGGUUGAGAGACUGAAAGAAGCCAUGGCUUCGCUCGAAAUGAAGAGGGGAAGUGCGA